AUGGAGGAAAGGAAGCAAAGGCGAGAAGGGCGGAGGAAAGAUGGAGAGGAGAAAGGUGAAUUGGAAGAUGAUGUGGAACAGAAGCCAGAAGAGAAGGGUCCUACAGAGCGACUAAGCCAUCAACCGCACCGAACCAAUGAGCCGGCCAAGUCAUAUAACCCACCAGCGCCAACACGGUCAGGACGGAGUGAUGCGGUAAGUGGUCUUUGUGGGCGUCCAGCGGGCGUCCGGUGGGCGUCCAGUGGGCGUCCAGCGGGCGUCAGUGGGCGUCCAGUGGGCGUCCAGCGGGCGUCAGUGGGCUUCCAGCGGGCGUCCAGCGGGCGUCCAGUGGGCUUCCAGCGGGCGUCCAGUGGGCGUCCAGCGGGCGUCCAGCGGGCGUCCAGUGGGCUUCCAGCGGGCGUCCAGCGGGCGUCCAGUGGGCGUCCAGUGGGCUUCCAGUGGGCCUCCAGUGGCCUUCCAGUGGCCUUCCAGUGGGCGUCCAGUGGGCGUCCAGCGAGCCACACCGGCUGUCCCGUGUAUCUCGUCCCUCGCCCUAAUUCUAUUCACUAG